CUGCUUUCACGAGUCACGGCGCGCAUGUCCGAUCCAUUCGCCGGCUUCGGUGUGUUCGCAUCUUCGACUCCUGGUGCUCGCCAAGGCAAUAGCAACUCCAGCAACUUUAUGACGACACCUGUUGCCCCGUUGUACCAACAGCAAGGUCAACCGCAGCUAACCAAGCAGCCAUCCUUGAAUCAAAACAUCAUGAGUCAGUUCCAGACGUCCUCCAGCACGAUUCAAACAAAUUCGAACGGCCCUGCUCGCACACAGUACAUGACCACGCAGCCACCUGCGGUAUCCACCACGUUCAAUCCAUCUCCAUUCGCCACGUCCAGUGUGCAGCAGCAUAAUCCAUUUGCCGACUCCCCCGCGGUUACCCCCGCCUAUCCAUUUGCUUCCCAGGUGUCAUCUUCGUCUGUGGUGACUAACCCAUUUGGCGAUCCGUUCGGGACUCAUACACCGCCACCACCUCUAUCUACAGCGAUUUACCAACAUCAGCAACAACACUUCAACGCCGCCCCGAUGUCGCAAUUCACCACGUGUCCGUCUGCAACAGUUCAAGAUUUUGACCCGUUCAGCCCCAAAGGAUCCACGCCCCACCUCCCCUUUGACUUUCCCGUCCAAACAACCUCAAGCCCCCGUCAACCGUCGUUUACGAGGGCCACCCAAGAAAACUCGCGACGUCCGCUGGAUAUCGCUGCGUACGCCACGGCCACUGCCACGCCGCAGCGCCGCACGUCGGUGAAGGACAUGUUGGAGGCCGAAGCUGCAGUCAACAAGAUGUCCUUGGGGGCCAAAAAGGUGUCGUCGAACGACAAUGGGUUUGCCAUCUCAAAUACAUCGGACAUCUUUGCCGCCAACACAUUUGCCAACUUGGACGACGACUUCAACCCCCGCAGUCCGGCAAAUGGGUCGCGACGCAACAGCGUGGACUCGGACGGAGGCCCGCAAUUGACGCGGGCACCGUCGCAAGAACUGGACGAUGAUAUGGAAGAAGACGAGUAUGAAGUCAUGUUCGACUACGGGUCCAAGCUGGGCGUGCUCAUGGAGCGCAUGGACGUGUAUGUGAAGGACAACAUGCAAGACCAAAAGCGGGAGCUAGCGGUGGUUAAGUUGGUCGUGGAAGGUGGGGCGGCCGACCGGAUUGGGGUCAAAGUGGGUAGCGUUAUUCGAGGCAUCAACCACAAGGACAUGGAGCAUGAGAGCUACAACACCGUGCUGGAAUUGAUCAAAACGGCGCCUCGACCCAUGACCAUUCGACUGAAAGAACGAAACGAAUCGAAAGAGACCUCCCAAGGCGCGGUCUUGACACGCAUUUCCAGUGGAACGUUCAGUGUGGGCAACCUUACUGCGGGCAAUGCCAAGUGGGAUAGCAAGUACUUUGCAUUUGGUGGGGCGAAAAUGGACGUGCUGCAGCUCUUUGUGUCUCGCGCGGCGUACCACGAGUGCGUGAUUGCGUUGUACGAGAAGCGUCAAGUGUCGACGCAAAUUCAAUCGUUUCGGCUGUACCGAGACCACAAGCUGUCGCCCAUCAAGAGCAAAAUUUACAAGGGAUACGGGAACUUGCACUAUUUUUCACUCACGGUGCCAUCGCUGCGCUUUGUUGCGGCCAAGUUUGCCAGCGAAAACUACGACACGAUCAAGAACAUGUGGCAAAUCGCAUUCGAAGCCAUCGAAAAGAAGAAGCGCCAGGCGUACUAAACUAGUAUUAAGCGUAUCCAUGGAAGGAUGCAUACGAUCAAAUAUAUUGAUACCACACAACGCAAG